CUCCUCCUCACUCUGGGGAUUCCCCCCCACCCCACUUUCUCCUGGGUCGUCGUCUCUCCCCCCAACCUCACCUCUCCAUGACAAGCGCCCGGGACUAGCAAGCGGCUGAAGGAACCAUGUCCUAUGUCCCCUUUCGAGAUGUGCGAGGAGCCCCCAUGCACCGCAUGCCCUACGUGCACUCUCCCUACGAACGCCCAGCCUGGAAUCCACGAUUCUGCAUCAUCUCUGGAAACCAGCUGCUUAUGCUAGACGAGGACGAGAUCCACCCGUUGCUGAUGAGGGAACGGCGAAGCGAACCCUGCCGGACCAAGCUGCUGCGCCGCACAGUCAGCGUCCCUGUGGAGGGGCGACCUGAGCACGAACACCACGUGAGCCGCUCCCGGAGGAAGAGUGUCCCUGCAGGGAAGCAAUACAGCAUCAACAUGGACGCGCCCCCGGCACCCCCAUUCCGGCCCUCGCAGGGCUUCCUGAGCCGGCGUUUGAAGAGCUCCAUCAAACGGACAAAGAGCCAGCCCAAACUGGACCGGACCAGCAGUUUCCGCCAGAUCCUGCCACGGUUCCGGAGUGCUGACCAUGACAGAGCCCGCCUCAUGCAGAGCUUCAAGGAGUCGCACUCCCACGAGUCCCUGCUGAGCCCCAGCAGCGCGGCUGAGGCCCUGGAGCUCAACCUGGAUGAGGACUCCAUCAUCAAACCCGUGCACAGCAGCAUCCUGGGCCAGGAGUUUUGCUUCGAGGUCACCACUGCGUCCGGCACCAAGUGCUUUGCUUGCCGCUCAGCCGCAGAGCGCGACAAGUGGAUCGAGAACCUGCAGCGAGCCGUGAAACCCAACAAGGAUAACAGCCGGCGGGUGGACAAUGUGCUGAAGCUGUGGAUCAUUGAGGCACGGGAGCUGCCACCCAAGAAGCGCUAUUACUGCGAGCUGUGCCUCGACGACAUGCUCUACGCCCGCACCACCAGCAAGAUGCGCACGGACAAUGUCUUCUGGGGCGAGCACUUCGAGUUCAACAACCUACCAGCCGUGCGCACCAUCCGCCUGCACGUCUACAAGGACACGGACAAGAAGCGCAAGAAGGACAAGAGCAACUACGUGGGCAUGGUCAGCAUCCCCAUCGCCAGCGUCACCGGGCGCCACUUCGCUGAGCAGUGGUACCCGCUCAGCCAGCCCAGCACCAGCAAGAGCAAGGCUGGCUGCCCUGCUGUGCGCGUCAAGAGCCGCUUCCAGACCAUGAGCAUCCUCCCCAUGGAGCUGUACAAGGAGUUUGCUGAGUAUGUGACCAACAACUACCGCAUGCUGUGUGCUGUGCUGGAGCCGGUGCUGAGCGUCAAGAGCAAGGAGGAAGUGGCCUGCGCGCUGGUGCACAUCCUGCAGAGCACUGGCAAAGCCAAGGAUUUCCUCUCGGACAUGGCCAUGACGGAAGUUGAUCGGUUCAUGGACCGGGAGCACUUGAUAUUCCGGGAGAACACCCUGGCCACAAAAGCUAUAGAGGAGUAUCUGAAACUCAUUGGACAGAAAUACCUCAAGGACGCCAUCGGCGAGUUCAUCCGGGCGCUCUACGAGUCAGAGGAGAACUGUGAGGUUGACCCCAUGAAAUGCUCCUCGUCCACCCUGCCUGACCACCAGGCCAACCUGCGUAUGUGCUGUGAGCUGGCACUCUGCAAGGUCGUCAAUUCGCACUGCGUGUUCCCACGGGAGCUGAAGGAGGUGUUUGCCUCGUGGCGUCUGCGCUGCGCUGAGAGGGGCCGUGAGGACAUCGCUGACCGGCUGAUCAGUGCCUCGCUCUUCUUGCGCUUCCUGUGCCCGGCGGUCAUGUCGCCCAGCCUCUUUGGGCUCAUGCAGGAGUACCCGGAUGAGCAGACGUCCCGCACGCUGACCCUCAUCGCCAAAGUCAUCCAGAACCUGGCCAACUUCAGCAAGUUCGGCAGCAAGGAGGAGUACAUGGCAUUCAUGAAUGAAUUCCUGGAGCUGGAGUGGGCCAGCAUGCAGCAGUUCCUCUAUGAGAUCUCAAACCUCGACACCCUGACCAACAGCAGCAGCUUUGAGGGCUACAUUGACCUGGGCCGCGAGCUCUCCACGCUGCAUGCUCUGCUCUGGGAGGUCAUGCCCCAGCUCAGCAAGGAAGCCCUGAUCAAGCUGGGCCCCCUGCCUCGGCUGCUCAACGACAUCAGCGUCGCCCUCAGGAACCCGCACAUCCAGCGGCAGCCAAGUCACCAGGGGGAGCGGCUGCAAACUAAGCCCAUCAUCCUGCGGGGGCCAUCCUCUGACAUGCAGCCCUACAUGAUGCGUGACCUCAACAGCUCCGUCGAUCUGCAGCCCUACAUGGUGCGGGGCCUCAACAGCUCCAUGGACAUGACCCGAUUGCCUUCGCCCACCAAGGAGAAGGGCUCCAAGGACAUGUUCUUUGUGACGCGUCCGCCCCUGGCCCGCUCCUCGCCUGCCUACUGCACCAGCAGCUCCGACAUAACUGAGCCCGACCAGAAGAUGCUGAGCGUCAACAAGAGCGUCUCGAUGCUGGACCUGCAAGACAGCCGCAUGAACAGCGUCUCCAACCUGCAGAGUGUGGGCGACAUGCUCAACAGUAGCCAGGCCUCCAUCACCGCGGCCAUGGGACUGCGGCCCAGUCGCCUCUCGCAGGGCAGUGGCUCCAGCAUCGCGGCUGGCCUGCGGCUGAGCCACAUGGGGGUCACCACUGAUGGGGCUGCAGCCCAGCAGCUUAGGGUGCCCCUCUCCUUCCAGAACCCCCUCUUCCACAUGGCCUCAGACGGGCCUUCAGCCGCACCCUCGCACCGGCCGUCUGAGGGCAACCCCGACACCUUUGCCCCCUUCCACGGCUACAGCAAAAGCGAGGAUCUGUCCGCCAGUAAGCACAUCAUCCACAGCCACAGCUACAGUGACGAGUUCACCCGCCAGGGCUCCGAGUUCACCAAGCGCCAGCUCUCACUGCAGGAGAACCUGCAGAACAUGCUCUCCCCCCCACAGAUCACCAUUGGGCCCCAGCCACAGCGAGCCCCGCCCCAGCCCCAGCCCCAGGUCCCACUUCAGCGCGGAAAGUCCCAGCAGCUGACGGUCAGCGCUGCCCAGAAACCUCGGCCCUCCAGCGGCAACCUUCUGCAGUCACCCGAGCCCACCUACGGGCCAGCCCGUGCUCGCCAGCAGUCAGUCACCAAGGAGACGCCCUCUGCACUCAAGCCAACCAUUACCAAGCAGCCAUCGCACACGCCUUCCACGCUGAACCCGGUCAUGCCGGCCUCUGAGCGCACCGUGGCCUGGGUUUCCAACAUGCCACACCUGUCAGCCGACAUCGAGAGCUCCCACAUCGAGCGCGAGGAGUACAAGCUGAAGGAGUACUCCAAAUCCAUGGAUGAGAGCCGGCUGGACCGGGUGAAGGAAUAUGAGGAGGAGAUCCACUCACUGAAGGAGCGGCUACACAUGUCGAACCGCAAGCUGGAGGAGUAUGAGCGGCGCCUGAUGUCACAAGAGGAGCAGACCAGCAAGAUCCUGAUGCAGUACCAGCAACGGCUGGAGCAGAGUGAGAAGCGGCUGCGCCAGCAGCAGGUGGAGAAGGACUCACAGAUCAAGAGCAUCAUCGGCAGCCUGUCCCUGCAGGUUGAUGCUGGUGGAGGAGGAGCUGCGCAGGGAUCACUCGGCCGCCCACGACGUCUCCGAACCCCGGAAACGCCUGCUCGACGCUCAGCUUUUCAUCAGGUAACUCUCUCUGACUCUGCUUUUGUCACGUGGAGGGAUCGGGGGGACUCUCGCCGUUCGGUAGCAGAUCAGGAGAGGCAGCUUUCCGCCGUGGGUACAGCAAACCCGCGUUUGAGCGGCGCCUUGGCCCAGCCAUGGAACGGGAUCCUGCCCGCCCAGCCACUGCCUCCGCCCCCGCGACUCCAGAUCACGGAAAAUGGAGAGUUCCGCAAUACCGCUGCUGAGCACUAGCCACCGCCCCCGCGAGACGCGGCCCGGGGAAGAUGGGGGGCACCCCCAGCCCGCAGCUCGGCGGGAGCAGCAGAGACCCUGGCAGGGACACAGUGCCCCUCCGAAGCAAAUAAACCUGCACUGGAGGGACACCCCCUUUGCCCCCUCCCCUUGCACCAGC